GGUUGAAGGUUUCUUCUUUCUGUCAGCUCGGUUUGCCCGCUGAGGCUAAGGUCAGACUUCAUGUCAUCACGUUGUGUCGCAACGAGCUAGUUUUGAAAGUGUUAACGGAGGCUGCGGUGUUCUUUACGUGCUUCUGUUAGCAGCCACUUGAGCGCAGCCAUGAGGAAUCUAUGGGGCAGAGCCUGCAUGAUCGGUUCGGUGUCUGCAGCUUUCGGCUCGAUGCUGUGGUCACAACAGAAGACUGAACCGGAUCAGGUUGCCUCUAGUUGCCCUUCCUCUGACACAAACCCCAGCUCUCCCUACGAGCUGAAACUGGUCCAAGUCUUGUUCCGACACGGCGCUCGAACGCCUCUGAGGUCGAUACCUGAUGUGAUGGAGGCCCAGUGGGUGCCAGCGCUCUUGGAUCCGCCACCACACACCCACAUCAACUACGUAGUGACAGAUCUCCAUGGUGGCCCCCAACCUCCAGCUCCUGUAGAAGACAACUAUCGGAAAAGCUUGCUGCCCGGUGGAACGUACCCCGGUCAGCUGACCACAGUGGGCAUGCAGCAGCUGUACGAACUGGGCAAGAGGCUAAGGAGGAGAUACAUCGAGGAGAGUAACUUCCUCAAUGCCACAUUUAGCCCAGCUGAGGUCUACGUGCGCUCCACUAACAUUGUGAGGACCAUCGAAUCUGCCAAGUGCCUGAUAGCGGGGCUCUUCCAGCAAAAACAAAAAGAAAUCGUGCCUAUAGUAACGUCGGAGGCAGAAUCGGAAAUCCUGUAUCCUAAUUUUCACGGAUGCAAGCUGCUCAAAACCCUUGCCGGCCACCGCUGGGCAGAGUCGGCCACUCUGCCAGACAUUGCAGCAGACCUGCAGAGCAUCCAGAGCGCGUUGGGGAUCGCUGCUCACCAGCACGUCGACUUCAUCCUCAUUAGGGAUGACAUGGUUGCCAGAGAGAUCCAUGGCCUGCCCUGCCCACCGGCACUGGACACCUGGAGGAAUAAAGUGGAACAGAGAGCCGUGGACAUGAUGUGCCACGUUUUAGAACCCAGCAAAAGGGAGCACUUGCAGCUGUCUGUAGGACCCCUCCUGCAUACACUAGUAGACAACAUUGAGGCAAAACUACAGGGCACCUCAUCCGAGCCAAACAGGAAGCUGUUCUUGUAUUCUGUACACGACACCACUCUGAUGCCCUGUCUGAUGGCUCUGGGGAUUUUUGACAUGAGAUGGCCACCGUAUGCCGCCGAUAUCACUGUGGAGCUGCAUCAGAAGAAGCAGACCAAUGAGACCUUCGUUAAAGUGUCAUACACAGGCCAGGAUCAGCUUAUACCAGGGUGUAGUGGAGUCUACUGCCCCCUACAGGAGUUCAAACAGGUCGUUUCAGCCUACUCACUCAGCUCCGAACUCUACCAGUCAAUUUGUGACAGCACAGGAGGCUUGACCGAGCCAUGAACCCUAAACAAACCAUCAAGCGAACACAGUGCUACCCAUGAGAUUACACUCUGACAGUAAACACACAUCAUGUUUUUUCUGACGUCCUCACUUCAUCCAGCCAGCAGAACUCAUUAUACCUCACUGUUGGACUACACUCAAGUUCAGCCACUUAAGUUUUCAUCAGAUGUUUAAUUUCAUGAUCCGUCAUCUUCCUGUAACCAUGGCAGCCAUGUAAAAUUUACGUAAAUUAAGUUAAUAGCAAAGGUACAGCAACAAAAUAUACGUGCAGAGUGAUUUUGCUUUAUGGUGUAUGCCUGUUAAAUAUCUGGUGCAUAGGUGUGCAUUUGCAUGCAACACUUCCAUUCUGUUUGGCUUAUUUAUUAAAGCUGAAGUUAAGUUUUUCUUUCUGUCAACAACCCAAACAAAAACACAUCACAGGUACUGUUUCAUUUUUAAGAAAUUAUCUCUUAAAGCAGGUAGAUGCCAGAUUAAGCAAAAUACUCAAACAGGAAUAAAUGAUGUAGCUGUUGGGGACUAUUUUCAGCUGCGGACUGAUACAACUUUUUGUGAGUGGCUUCUACAGGACAAUGUAUGGCAUGUGUGAUUGUGUUAAAAGAAAUGCCUGCUCAUUUUAAUGACUGGCGUGGCUUCUGUACUUGUUUUUAAUCAUUUUUAAAUAAGGAUGGAGAUCUGUGGUACCAAAGAACAUACACUGUAUCAGGCCAACAGAUACUUGAGACUAUAUUUUUCAUUUUAACAUUUGUGAUCUUUUUGGGACUUUGUACCAAGACAAAGAAUUCUAUCUCCUUUUUUUCCCAUUGCUGCAACUCAAUGAAAUAUGGAGAUUUCAGAGCCCUCAACACCUGUACUGGACUGCUGACACUACUACUCUACUACAUUGGUUGAGCUCACAACCAUCCAUCCAUCCAUUCUCUAUACACCGCUUUAUCCUCACUUGGGUCGCGGGGGUGCUGGAGCCUAUCUCAGCUGACUCGGGCGAAGGCAGGGGACACCCUGGACAGGUCGAGCUCACAACCAUAUCUUUCAUAUUAAGCUAUCUCAUUGCUCAGGGGACUACUACAGAUUUCAUGUAAUGAAUCUGAUGUUUAUUAGCAAAGGUGUGCAGAAAGUGGAUUGUUUUAUGUGAAUGUAAAGAUUUGGUUUGCAUUGGUGAGACAUAAAUACAAAUUUUACUCAA